AUGUCAGCCUUCCACCCGUACAUCCGCCCGACUUUGGUACCAAGCAUGUCCGACGCCUCACCUUUCAGGUAACGAAAAAUGUGAAAUUUGGCUUUUGGCCUCUAAAAAGUGUACUACAAGUAUAUCAAGUUUGAAAGGUUCAACUGAAAAUUUUUUAGACAUUCUUUCCUCUUUCUGAGAAGAAAAAAUGAAUAAAGAAACGAUUUUUUUAAAACCUUAUUUGGUGCCUUGGAGCUUCCCUUAGACCUUAGAGACUCAAAAAACAACCUAAGUAAAUUUUCAAGUUUUUAGUAGCACCUUAAAAUAUCAUAAUUUCCUCAUUUAAAUAGGCUUUCGAAAUUUUAUGAAUUUGAUUUUUUAGACGUAAUAUUUUUCCCAGAACGAAAGCAAACUUAUUCACUUUUGCUCAUUUACAAACCAUAAGUAUUCAUGAAUGAUCAAUAAUUCUUCAAGAAAACUUUUUCGACCAACAUCAUGGAAAAAUAUUCAACGAACCAAUAAGAUCACUUAUUGGAUGAUUCGCAUUAGGGCGCAUUUAGGCCGGACGUUCCGCAUCCGGUUUUUCAUCUCAAAAAGCAAGAAAAAAUAAAAUCAACUCUGAAAUUAGAUGAAUGUCAAAAAGAAUCUCGCUUAAUACGUUUAAUGCGUAUCUACGCAAGUCCCCCAUAAUCCACUCAGGAUUAUAUUUAGUGGCUUUUUUGGGGUUUUUUUCAAUUAAAACCUUCACAUGCAAGCAUUUUUGGGCUCGUCAUUCAAGGCCCAUUAAACACGGCUGCGGGAUCCUAAUGCGAUCUUUUUAGUCUGCAAAUUGCGAAACCGAACGCGGUCGGUCCAAGAGCGAAUGGAAAUGAAGCUUGAGGCGAUUUUGAGAUAGAAAUGGUGCUCCGUUGACAAUGUGCUGAUUUAAGAAUAAGUUUAGGAUUCUUAGGAGAAAACUACGAAAAAAAAUGCUGCUUUUUUGAUGGUUGGGACCUGGAGGAACACGUAGGCUUUUGAAACCCUCGAUUUUCUAGAACUGAAAUUUAGAAUGACUCCAGGCGUUUCAAAGAUCAUGCACAUCGCUUUAUAGUCAGACGCUUUUUCAUAGUAACCGUUAGGCAUUCAGCCAUUCUCUUUGCGACCAACGAGUUUCAAGAACAUGAACCGGCUAUUAUUUUCAGUUAAUGAUUACAUUUUUUUAAUGUUUUUUUGCUAAUCAAAUUUUUAUUUCACAUUCAGAUAACUCUGAUCUGAUGAAAUCCAGAUUUGAACAGUUUUUUUGAUAAUCUAGCAAAAAAAUGAAUGAACUUUUUAAUAUUGAAACUGACCGUAAAAUUAAUAUUUUCACUCCAAAAAAAAGGAAAGUUUUAAGAAUAAAUAUGAUUUUCUGAAUUUAAUGUUUUUUUGUUUUAUGAAAAAAAUAAAAAUCGUAAAAACCCAUUAUUUGUUAAGUCAUUGUUCUUUUCGAACAGUGAAGAAUGGGAGUUUGAAGAACCAAGAAACAGUUUAUGGAAUGAAUUUUUACAGGAAGGUCUACAAGGAGAGCGAAGACCUUGCGGCUUUGGACGAGUACGCGAAGGCGUUGCGUCUGGCGGUUCCAAUGCAGCAGACGCCGUCGACGCCGUUGGCCGUCCUGCCGGCCGUCUCCGUGGAGCGCGGUCGACGCAAGAGGACCACUUUCUCGCCGGACCAGGCCGCUCGACUCGAGAUGGUUCGUUUUUCUUUCCCAGAAGCUUAGUCAAAUUUGACUUUUACUACAUAAGUAUUAUACUUUCAAAGUACUUCCUACCUUGUCCUCCUCAUUCUAUGGGAGUAUUACCUUCGUGAUUCAAGUUUAUCUUCACACAGCUCCCAGGAAAGAAACGAAGAACAUAGUUGGUCGAAAGUGUUUUUAAAACUAUUUGCAGACGCAAUUUAUACAGUUUGUUCCAAAUACUAGUCACCAAAACUACAAAAAGUUUUAGAAAAAUCAAACUCCAAACGAGAAAGUUUCGAUCGAAAAACAUUUUUUCGUAACUUUUCCUACUAAUUUUUGAACAUUUUUGAAAGUCGUCCUGCCCACGUAGGCUUUUGCGUGAUUGAUUGUGAUCUUCGCUGCUUAACAUUAGGCAUAUCAGUGAAAAAGUAGAAAAAAAGCCAAGCUUCAACGGAGAUUAAUCGGAUAUCCUUCUUUCCGUCAUCUGUACACUUCCUCAUUAGAUUGGGCUGCCAGAGUGAUCGGAUUAGUGUUCAGGGAACUUUGCCGGCGCCGCAUGUUUAUGAAGCGCCUAAUUUAGUGUUUGCCCCAAGUGAUCCUCAAAUCAAGAUGAUGGUUCUGAGAUGAGAAAAAUUGCAAGAUGUAGCUUGGAAUGAGACCUUUCUAGUCGGCCUUUUUUCGUUCAAUGAUUUGCUUCGGUCCUGAGUUUCAUUCACAAGAAGCUCUAAAUAUUUAGUUGGAGUCUAGUUUUUCUUCUAUUUCGCCGUCCUAGUGUUUUCCAACAUUUCAGAAUGAUCUUCUACUUGGACAUAAGCUUUUCCCUCUUGUUUAGUUCCAAUUUUUAGACCUUUCAUGUUGAAUAUUAUGAGAAAGAUCAACAAAAUGAUUCAAAAAAAAAAAAAAAUUCAAAUUUUAGAUAUUUUUUAAUUUUUCACAUCCUGUUAACUUCUCAAAAUAGUCGAAAAACCACUCUAUUGUGAACUUUGACUCGUAAAAAAGGCCCUUUUUUUUCUUCGGACUAGAACUUCAAAGUGUAUCCCUAAAUAGAUCCUCAACCUUCUCAGUUGAAACUUGAAAAAAGAAAACGAUCGAAAAGCCAUUUCCGAGUGAACAUUUCCAGGAUGAUGUUUUUGAUGAUGCAAACCUCAUUUGGCUGGCUAAUUCCGUUUAGUAGAAAAAAAAGGGAAGAAGGAAAUGUUUCGAGCAAUUUGCACGAGCUCCUCCUCCUCUCAGUUGCUUCCCUUCUCCAUGUAUAUCAUCAAUAUGAGCCUAAUUGUGAGACGUCGCUAGAUGGUGGGGGAGGACCUCGUUAGGCGGCUCUGAGAGUGCCCAAGAAAUGAGCUGGGAAGAGAAAAAAGAUAAAGUUCAAGGACCUUCAUGAAUCAGCUUCUCUUGUUUUUGAGAGAUUCAAGGAAAAAAAAAAUCCUUACUCAGCUUGAGAAAAAUUCAAUUUUUGUAGUUUUGUAAGAAUUUAGACAUUGCCAUAAAAUUUUAACCUUACUCCCCAUUUUUUUAAAACUUUUCCUGUACUUGAUCGUUUGUAGAAUAAACAUCCACAGUCAUUUUGUCAUUUUGAAGUGAUAUCCUUAAGCUCCCGCGCGUAAGCCGUUUUUGGUCUGUUGCGUUUCAAAGCAACCAAGAAUUGAGCCAUUUCACGUGCGACCAUGUUCUUCCAAGAUUAAAAAAAGAUCGUUAUGUAGAAUACGUGAAUAUCUCCUUUUGGGACGUACUAAUCUAAUAAUUCACAUGAGAAACAGAUACUCAAAAAUAUUAUUCCUUCUCUUCUUUUGUUUUGCGGAGAGAUUUCAAAUCGCAUUUGAAGAAUUUUUCGUCUUUUUCCCCACACUUUCUACCUUUUUUCACACGAUCUCAACAACUUUCCCUUUUGAAAUGAAAAUUAAAAAUAGUGACUGAGCGGAAAUUAAUUACAUCGACGGGGCAAUUCCUCGCCACUGAAAUGAAUUUAACCCUGAACAGAAAGAGAUGGAGAGAAAAGGUACAAUGAAAUAAAAGCGGCAAAUUAGGUUUCUUUUUUUUUGGAGUGGAAAGAAACUAGAGAUAGUGGUUCGAAAGUACUUUGCUCAGUGGAUUAAUUUGUAAAAGUUCUUGAAGCAAAUCUUUUUUUUUUGCGUGUUUGAUUUUUAACCGAAUAUGGUUUCGACUUUUCAUUCAUCGCUUAAAACAAACAUCAGUCCAAUUCUUAUAGUAAUAACUUCAUACGGAGAAGAAAAAACUUUGCGAUAAAAUCUGACCGAAAACUAAUUUCGUUUCCCCCCUUUGCGCACAAAAUUGUUUCUGAAAAGGGAGAAAAAAAAGCGAUUGGGACGCACUAAAUUGGAUUGGAUUGAACGCUGAAAAUGGGAAAAAGAAGAGGUUUUGAAAAGAAAUGACGUUUGUGCAAUUCGAAAAGAGGAAGGGAUUUUGAACUCGCCGUUCUGUAGUCUUUCACGACUUCUAUGGCUUUUUUUUUCUGCAGAAUUUCAAAGAUCAGUCUCUUUGUUUCUAUGGAGCGCAUAUUCAACAAACAUUUGCUUCUUUUUUUAAGCAGAAAAUAUUUUCUGAAAGCGGAAGAUUUAUUAGGGGCAUUAAUCUUUGAAUUUUGAAGUUCAUUUUUUUUCAGGAAUACCUGGCGGACUGCUACAUGGCAAGGGACAAGCGGAUGUCGUUGGCCGUGGCGUUGAACUUGACCGAGAACCAGGUCAAGACCUGGUUCCAGAACCGAAGAGCCAAGGACAAGCGCGACAAACGCACUGACGGGUUCGUUUUGAGCUUUUGGUCCAGAAAAGUACUCUCUUUAGGGUUUUCGAAUGAGGAAACUCGUUCUCAAACUGAUCAUUCUCUGCUUUUUUAGAGCUCCUCAAUGUAAACUUAAACUCUAAAUAUGGAAGGCUUCCCUUGAAGUUAGAAUAGGAAAAGGAUCAAAAUUCAUGCUCUAGUUUGACAAUAUUUUCUGACUGAUGUUUGAAUCACAAAAGAUUUUCCAAAGAACUUGAAAUAAGGACCUUCUUUCAGACUUUGCACGCCAUCUUCAUGCUCGCGGAAGUCGUCGAUCUCGCCGACGAUGCCGAUGCCACAUACGUCGGUCCUGACGCCGCCGUUCUGCACGCCGCCCAAGCCAGGCCUCGACGCCCUCGUCUCCCCCGCCGGCACCUCCAGUCUCCUUCUGACGACACCUCUGAUGACGUCGCCGCCUCUGGCAUCGACGUCUUGCGCCACGACUCCCAACGACCCGAAGACGCCUCUGGACCUGCCACCGACGCCGCCCCUUAAGAACGCCGGCGCCCUGCUCCACGACUACGUUCAGUACCUGGCCACUUUCGGACUCAACAUCAACUCGCCGCUCCUCAUGAGCCCGUCGCUGCAGUUGACGUCUCCACAACAGAACAAUCAGCUGUUGGCCUCGCCGCUGCUCCCUCAGUUGCCGACGGCAAACUUUAUUUAA